CCCAAAAAAAAUUUUUUUGAACUAAAAGCAUUUGAUCAUAGUGUAUGGGUUUUAUCCAAAUCAACAACACGAUAAUAGGUGUGUGGGAUUAGAUUUUGGAUUAUUAUAAAAAAAGAACGUUUGAUAGUAAUCAAUUAUUAUUAUUAAAAAUUAUUAUUAAAAUCCACAUAUGAAAUAUCUGUACCCAUAAUGAAAGAAUAGACGGAGAUCGUAGACAUUCCAGUGAGAGUGAAACCUGUUUUACAUUAAGUACAUGUAUAAUGUCGUUCCUUCUACACGGUAGCGUGGUUUAACGAACGGGGUUAAACUAAAAGAAAAAUGACUGACCAUACAUAGAAUAGAAUCGAGUUUCCUUGUAUCACACAGGAACUACCCUAACUAACUAACUUCCCCCCACACACACACUGAUAGAGAGGGUAGAGUAGCCACGUAGAAUAUUUAAAAACAGGUGGGGGGGAAACGUGACGUAAAAAAAAAGGACCAACACAUAGAAGAAAAAAAAAACUUCCACUUAGCCCAACGUUACACGCAGCUCGUUCGUUAAAUAAACAACCAUAAAACACCAUGGCAACAGAAUAUAGAGAGGCUCCUAGCGACCGUACUCCAACGAAGCCAGAUACUAGGUAAAUACCCAUUCCUGAAGAAGGACCUGGUGUGUGGGGGGUUGUUUUUUUUUGUUGUUGAGAGAAAUGGUAUAAGUGGACAAAGAAAGAAAGAAAAAAAUAUCAAUAUUAUCCCAAAACGGGUUCAUUUGAUUUGGAGAAAUGCCGAGUCGUAAGGGAAAUUGUGAAAGGCCCGGCAAAGCAAACAAGGAAAAAGGACAAGAAGAAAAGUUACUGACAACUGAAGGACAGAUACUCAAUGUACAGAGUCAACUAAACUAUCUCAAGAAUCAGGUGGCCUUGGAAGGGAGAAAAAACAGGAAAUACCCGGGUUCAGGUCCGGUGUGUCCAACAGCAACCCCAACAUAUGAAGAUGGGGGGGGGGGCCCCGGGGGAAAGCUGUAAACCCCCCCCAGUCAUGGGAGGACUGUCUCCCCCCUGUAUUUUUACUGGAGACGAAGUGAUAUUAAGACGGGAGAUAAUGAGAGAAGAAGAAGAAGAUGAUGAAAGACAGAACAUUUCUAGAGAUGGACAGAAAAAAAAAAAGCGAAGGAAUGGAAAACUUGAUCAUCCUAUAGAACUCCCGCCAGUCCAUACUUAUCGGGUUCCCCCACCUUCUCCACCUUGAAGGAAGAACGGACCUCCCAAAAGGUGGACGGGCAGUGACGAUUUGGAUCAGGAAAAGAAAAAGGCAAAGGAGGUGAAAAAGGAAAAUAUGUAUCCGAAAGUAAAGACAAGUAGAGAUAAAUUCUAUGAGCAAAAAAAUUGGAGAAAGCGGAAAAAGAGGAUCAACUGAAAGAAAUAUGGAGAGAAAAGAAGAGAGAAACGAAGAGACCGUCAUCAUCAUCGGGGGAUGAAGAAGAGGAAGAACUCAGGAAGAUGAAGCUUAACCCAACACCAAAGAAAUCCUCUGGCUCCAGUGACUACAGAAUGUACAAGACUGACCCACAAGAGCACAGUGUAUGUUGAAUACAAACCGUGGCGUUUUGGGGGACAUUGAAACUGCAGUAAAAGGCACGGUGAGGAUUACGAAGGGUGCAGACAACUGGAUAAGGGACUUUGAAAACAAAUACGGACAUCAAGACCUGUGCCUAGGGGAUAUAAAAGCUCUGCUUUCCCGUGUUCCGACUCGAGGGCAGUUAUCAGACGCAAUGAGAAAUUGCCAACUGGACACCAAACCUCCCGAAUUGGGACUUGGACAGUUUAGAGCAGAAUUGUGGGCACACCUGAGAAGUACUUUUCCCAUGAUCAGGGAUUUAUCCCGUUUGACUGACCACGUGUUUGGAGUUGAGAGCGAUUUCGGCAUCCGGAUUGACGGACUGAAAAGGAAGUGGAUUAAAGAACUAGGGGAGCGACACGACAACACCUUUGAGACUGAAGAAAUGUUCUACGACAAAGCUUGUAGGAACUUACCAGACAAAAUACAGGCUAAGGUAAAAGAUGUCGUUGGAUGGCGUAGAAUGGACGGCCCCACAAAAGAGGAUCACUUGCGUCAUUUCUGCAGAACGUGGUCUAAUGAAAUAACAGAAGAAGAAAAAACACGACAAGCAGAUCUUGACGACGCCUUGAAGAAAGCUCAGCUAGCACAGCUUCAAAACGCAAACAAGAGCACAGAGGGACCUGACCUCGUAGUGACGAACACUCCAGUUCCUGCAGCACUACCCAGCGGACCUGGAGCAGCGACGCAGCCAUUUUUACAGCGCCUGCCAAAGGCGUACGGGAACCCACAGCCAUUCCAUCCUCCCACUCCACCCACGGGACCAGUUCACUGCUGGGGAUGUGGCCCGUUUGGACAUAAAAGAAACCGGUGUACACAAGGACCCCAAUAUACCCGUGCAUGGAAUCCGCAGCCUGGAUUCAGGCGAAGGCGUUGGGGAAACUACAGAGGAGGCAACAGAGGACGAUAUCAAGGACAAGGUAGAUCCUGGAAGAAAACCAAAGACAACGGAGGCCAUUUUACCUACGUUAAUCAAGCUGGAGAGCUGAAGAUUGACAUCGAAAAUGACUAUAGCCGUAUUCCUUGCACUCCUGAAAUAACUGAAUACAGCCCCCAACAGAGGCGGGACGAAGAUGAGCUCAGUUCGGUACCAGACUACCUGUGGUCAAAAAGGGGGACACGACAUCGGGUUGAUAAAAAAAUCAGCCGAACCUGUAUAAGGUAAGGCUUAAACCAGGAUAUGAUGGUCCAAGACAGAAACAGAAACCCAAUGUCACCCGAAGAAGAAAUAGGUAGCACCAUCGGUGAACUCAACCAACGUCAAGUGAUAUACCCUCUACCAUCAGCUUGUAUUAACACACCUAUCCUCCCUGUGAAGAAGCCUACAGGGAAAUACAAGAUGGUGCAGGAUUUCAGACAACUUAAUAAAAUGGUGGACUGCGAGUUUCCAUUGGUUUCCUGACCCAUCAGUAAUACUGUCAAGUGUGCCACCUGAAGCGUCGACCUUUUUCUUUCAUUGAACUAUACGUUUGGCAUUUUUUUCCUCAGUCCCACUCCACCCAGACUGUCGCAACCUGUUCUCUUUCUCCUACAAAGGAACUCAGUACACUUACAAUCGUAAUCCACCUGGAUUUUGUGAAAAGCCCUUCGAUCUUCAACCUUGUCCUCCAGAAUGACCUAAGAGAUGUAGCAUUCCCUGGAGGAAGCACUAUGGUUCAACGUGUUGA